AUUCCUUCUCCUCCUUCCUCCUCCUCUUCUCUGUUUCCAUUUCUAAAAGGUAUAUUCGAGAAAGAAGAAAGAAUCAAUCAAACAUAUCUUCCUCUUUUCGUUUCCUGUCAAAUCUUAAUUCUCCACGGAGGGAAAGGAGUCAACGAUCUGGAAGUUUCUGAUCGGGGGAUAUAAAAGCUCAAAGUGUUUCGUUUCGUUGAAGGUUUCUCUUUAAAUUUAGUCAACGGACGUCGAGGGCUUUGUGUUGUUGUAUUAGUAGCUCAAUUCGAGACUCGAGAUCCUUAAUUUAAGGGUUGGGUGGGUCAAAAAGGCUGGAUCUUUUCCCUGAUGUGUUAUCGUCAUCAAAUGAAAGGAUAAUUCGUUUUUCUAGGGUUCGUAAUCAAUUGAAGCUGCAAUGGAAGGAGGAAGAAUGAUGAUGAUGAUACCUGGAUUCUUCUGGCUGAUUCUGCUUUUCGAUUUGCUUCUCAGAACAUCAGGCAACGCCGAAGGUGAUGCACUGAGUGCUCUGAAGAACAGUCUAAGCGACCCUAACAAGGUGCUUCAGAGUUGGGAUGCUACUCUUGUUACCCCUUGUACCUGGUUUCAUGUUACUUGCAGUCCUGACAAUAGUGUUACUCGUGUUGACCUUGGGAAUGCCAAUCUAUCUGGCCAGCUUGUAGCGCAGCUUGGUCAGCUCCCAAACUUGCAGUACUUGGAGCUUUAUAGCAAUAACAUUACUGGGCCAAUCCCAGAGCAGCUUGGUAAUUUGACGGAAUUGGUGAGCUUGGAUCUUUACUUGAACAAUCUCAGCGGUCCCAUCCCAUCAUCUCUCGGCAGACUAAAGAAACUACGUUUCUUGUAUGCACCCCCUCUUCUUUUAAUACCUCUUUUUAGUAAGCAUUCAUGUGAUGGUCUUUUGCUAUUGGUGUUUAGGCGUCUUAAUAACAAUAGCUUAUCUGGAGAGAUUCCUAGGUCUUUGACUGCUGUCUCGUCUCUCCAAGUUCUGGAUCUCUCAAACAAUCCUCUCACUGGAGAUAUUCCUGUUAAUGGUUCCUUUUCACUUUUCACACCUAUCAGUUUUGCCAACACCAAAUUGACUCCCCUUCCUGCAUCUCCGCCGCCUCCCCUCUCUCCUACACCGCCGUCACCUGGAGGGAGUAAUAGAAUUACUGGAGCAAUUGCUGGAGGAGUUGCCGCAGGUGCUGCACUUCUAUUCGCUGUUCCUGCCAUUGCACUUGCUUUGUGGCGAAGGAAAAAACCACAGGAACACUUCUUUGAUGUACCAGCGGAAGAGGACCCAGAGGUUCAUUUAGGACAGCUCAAGAGGUUUUCAUUACGUGAACUACAAGUUGCUUCGGAUAACUUUAGCAACAAGAACAUAUUGGGUAGAGGUGGUUUCGGUAAAGUUUAUAAAGGACGGUUAGCUGAUGGUACUUUAGUGGCGGUUAAAAGACUGAAAGAGGAACGCACCCAAGGUGGUGAACUGCAGUUCCAGACCGAAGUUGAGAUGAUCAGUAUGGCGGUUCAUAGAAACCUGCUUCGGCUUCGUGGCUUUUGCAUGACUCCCACAGAGAGAUUGCUUGUGUAUCCCUACAUGGCUAAUGGAAGUGUUGCCUCCUGUUUAAGAGAACGUCCGGAGUCACAGCCACCACUUGAUUGGCCAAAGAGACAGGGUAUUGCGUUGGGAUCAGCAAGGGGGCUUGCGUAUUUACAUGACCAUUGCGACCCAAAGAUCAUUCAUCGAGAUGUGAAAGCUGCAAAUAUAUUACUGGACGAAGACUUUGAAGCCGUGGUUGGAGAUUUUGGGCUGGCAAAGCUCAUGGACUACAAAGACACACAUGUGACAACUGCAGUGCGUGGUACGAUCGGUCAUAUAGCCCCUGAGUACCUCUCUACGGGAAAAUCGUCUGAGAAAACCGAUGUGUUUGGUUAUGGAGUCAUGCUUCUUGAGCUUAUUACUGGACAAAGGGCUUUUGAUCUUGCUCGCCUUGCCAAUGACGAUGAUGUCAUGUUACUAGACUGGGUGAAAGGGUUGUUGAAAGAGAAGAAACUGGAAGCGCUAGUAGAUGUUGAUCUUCAGGGUAACUACAUAGACGAGGAAGUGGAGAAGCUAAUCCAAGUGGCUCUGCUCUGCACACAGAGUUCACCGAUGGAAAGACCCAAAAUGUCUGAAGUCGUGAGAAUGCUUGAAGGAGAUGGUUUAGCUGAGAGAUGGGAAGAGUGGCAAAAGGAGGAAAUGUUCAGACAAGAUUUCAACUACCAAAACUAUAACCAACCGAACACUGGUUGGCUUAUAGGUGAUUCUACUUCCCACAUUGAAAAUGAAUACCCCUCUGGUCCAAGAUAAUAAGAUUCGUUACACUGAAUGCUUUCUCUUGUCUUUAUUUUUUUUUACUUCUUUUGUAUUUAUUGAGGGUUUUAGUUUCUGCUGCUCCAUGUUGUGGUUUCUUAAGUUGGUACAGGCAGGAGGAUUCAGAUUGGGUUUGUAAUCUUUAUAUGAAAGAGAUUUGAAUGUUGUUGAA